GGGGACAUACCGUGAUAUCGGGCGGCCAGCCAGCCAGGGGACAUACCGUGAUAUCGGGCGGCCAGCCAGCCAGGGGACAUACCGUGAUAUCGGGCGGCCAGCCAGCCAGGGGACAUACCGUGAUAUCGGGCGGCCAGCCAGGGGACAUACCGUGAUAUCGGGCGGCCAGCCAGCCAGGGGACAGACCGUGAUAUCGGGCGGCCAGCCAGCCAGGGGACAGACCGUGAUAUCGGGCGGCCAGCCAGCCAGCCAGGGGACAGACCGUGAUAUCGGGCGGCCAGCCAGCUCCCGCCCGCAGCGCUCACUGUGUCCGCCGAGCGGUGACAUGGCAGCUCGCCCCGCUCCAGCCGCGGUCUCCGGCCAGGCUCCCCGGGGGGCCCCCGCCUGCCAGUAACCGGCCGGGCGGGAUCCGCUCACACUGACACACUGUGCGGAUAGCGAGCGCUGUGUACCCCCCGGACCCCCCCGCACAGCAUGGCCUGGGCGCUGAAACUGCCGCUGGCGGACGAGGUGAUCGAGUCAGGCCUGGUGCAGGAUUUCGAUGCCAGCUUGUCAGGAAUCGGGCAGGAGCUGGGAGCUGGAGCCUACAGCAUGAGUGAUGUACUUGCCCUGCCUAUAUUCAAACAGGAAGAGUCCAGUCUGCCACCUGAAAAUGAAAACAAAAUUUUACCUUUUCAAUAUGUUCUCUGUACUGCCACCUCUCCUGCUGUUAAACAUCAUGAGGAGACACUCACGUAUCUUAAUCAAGGGCAAUCUUAUGAAAUCCGGAUGUUGGACAAUCGUAAAAUUGGAGAACUGCCUGAAAUAAGUGGGAAAUUAGUCAAGAGCAUCUUCCGUGUAGUGUUUCAUGACAGACGUCUACAGUAUACAGAGCACCAGCAACUGGAAGGCUGGCGAUGGAACCGGCCUGGAGACAGAAUACUUGAUAUCGAUGUUCCCUUGUCCGUGGGUAUAAUAGACCCAAGAUCUAAUCCAAACCAACUGAACACUGUUGAGUUUCUGUGGGACCCUUCAAAAAGAACAUCUGUGUUCAUUCAAGUUCACUGUAUCAGCACGGAGUUCACCAUGAGAAAGCACGGAGGGGAGAAAGGUGUUCCAUUCCGGAUCCAGAUAGACACUUUUGAAGAGAAUGAAAAUGCUGAAUAUACUGAACAUAUCCAUUCGGCUAGCUGUCAGAUCAAAGUCUUUAAGCCCAAAGGAGCUGAUAGAAAACAGAAAACUGACAGAGAAAAGAUGGAGAAACGAACACCUCAGGAGAAGGAGAAAUACCAGCCUUCUUACGAAACCACCAUUCUCACAGAGUGUUCACCGUGGCCAGAGAUAACAUAUGUCCCUAGUGCUCCUUCACCAGGGUUCAACACAUCUCACAGCAGUUUUAGCAUUGGUGAAGGGAAUGGCUCUCCAAAUGAUCCUCCUGAGCCACCCGCUCCAAUCGUAGAUAUUUUUCUUGAACAAAAUUGUUUACAUAAUGAAAUUGCAGAACAAGAUAAGAACCUCUUGCCUACAUCAACCCCUCAGGAGGCACAACAGUGGCUACAUAGAAAUAGAUUUGCUGCAUUCUCGCGGCUUUUCACAAAUUUCUCAGGUGCAGAUUUAUUAAAACUAACUAGAGACGAUGUCAUUCAAAUAUGCGGUCCUGCUGAUGGCAUUCGACUGUUUAAUGCACUGAAAGCCCGGAUGGUUCGGCCGAGGCUGACUAUUUACGUUUGCCAGGAGUCUCAGCAGCUGAGGGAGCAAGAGCAGCAAAAACAUGAAAAUGGAGAGCCAGGAAAUGGUGCAUUCUUUGUAUAUCAUGCAAUCUAUUUGGAAGACCUGACAUCCGUCGAAUUGACUGAAAAGAUAGCCCAGCUCUUCAGCAUUUCUCCCCAUCAGAUCAGCCAGAUCUACAAACAAGGGCCCACCGGCAUUCAUGUUCUUAUCAGCGACGAGAUGAUUCAAAACUUUCAAGAUGAGUCCUGUUUUAUUUUGGAUACAAUGAAAGCUGAAACAAAUGACAGCUACCACAUUUUCUUAAAAUAAGGUGCCACAAUAGACACAGAAUACCCUUUAUCUUGAAGAUACAGACCCUAUCUUUUUAUUUUUUUUUAAAUAUAUAUAAGCUAUAAAACUUGAAUGGAUUUGAACAGCACCCAUUAAUACACGAGCAACAAUUUCUUUCUGGGUGAUGCUUUGGCAAGUGGAGUACACCCUCUUAAUUAUGUGGAUCCUCCAAUGAACAGCCGGAGACCUCUCUUGCACUGAUUGAAAGUGGACAAAGCAAACAUUUCUUGUGCAGAUUCAGACACUUUUUUACAUGUGUAGUAGCCCUUUAGCUUUGAGAAUGGACCUCCGAAUUAUUUCUUGUACCAUUGGUCUUGUCUCAGAACCAAAUUAAUCCAGCCAUUGACCCGUUUGUCCUUUGCUAAGAAUGGCAUGUUUUGGUUUUUUUUUUCUUCCCAAAUGAGUAGCAUCAAUAUAUUUCUGGAAACCCGUGAAUUUGCGAAUGCAAUCCUGUGUUGUAUUGCUAGUUUAUUCAUUCACAGGCAUCAUACUUUUUAUACUGUUUUUAUCUGAUUUCAACAGCACACGGAAGAUUCUAAUGCAAUAUUUUAGACCUUGACAUUUCUAUUUUGUGUACACUAUUGUUCACCCCAUCAAGGGUCACUGCCUGAAAGAUACUGGGUGGGGGUUAGAAUAUAUUUUAUGUAGCAUUUGUCUUUUUGUAUGAUGCAUUUUGUAAUUCCACCCAUCUUCCCCAAACUGUUCCUGUCAAUCCCUCAAAUUCUAAUUUCUUUAUAAGUUUGCUUUGUUUUUUUAUGAAUACAUUUGUGUGGGGAUUUGUCA